AUUUAUCAGAAAGCAACUCAUGUGAUAUUUUAAUAACAAUGUUUAUAUGACUAUUAACCAUAAUAAGAGAGUAAUGACCAUUUUACAAUUUAUAUAUCACAUUAAUAUGAAACUGCAAUAGAGCAAUUGUUGGUGAUAGAAACCUAGGCAUUAGGUCGGGGAAUUUUUAUCGUGAUGACGUGCACGCCACUUUGUUUGGCGUUGACUUAUAGACUUUUUACGCAACAUUUUGCCUUCCUUGUUUGCCUGCGUCUGCUCGGUAGUGCAUCAGCUGAUUUCAUUUUCUGUUGGAGCGGUAUGAUUUCGGGCAGAGAUUUCUCGUCAACUGGAGAACAUCAGAUGACAAAAUCAGAGAGUAUCAUUCAAUGCUGCUUCAGGAGUGCGCAAAGAUCUAUCGCCCGGAUCGGUACAUGUCUCAGCUUCCAUCGCUGAAACUUCCAUAUGUAGGUCACAUGGAGAUACCCAUCAACACAGGCACCAUCAAACCAACACCAGCUAUGCAAACUAGAGCCGUAAGAGUCGUUACCAAGUAUGUAUAUAAAAAUCCAGUUUGCAUAAAAGCUACUAAAAAGAAAACUUGCCCAAUGGCCACAACUACAAAGCACAGGGGUGGCGAAGAUGAAAUAGUAACCAAAGAAUACUUUGUCCAAGAUAAAGAACAAAACCAAAGAAAUGGAAAGCAUGUUGAUUUGGGUGGAGAAGACGAUGAUACCGUGUGGAAUUCAAAUCUCUUAGAAGCUCAUUAUGACCCUUACGAAGAAAUUCAGGAAACUAGAGAUGAAACUUUCAACGAUUUCAUAGCUCCCAGUGAGACUCCUUUCUAUUCCAGUAGGAAACAAACGAAAACUCCAAAUUUAAGUGGAAAGAAGGUUUAUGAUAUGUUGAUCGAGGAUAGACUUGAUCAAUUAGAGACUAUCUUACCACAUUAUGUCAGGAGAAGGGUUUAUCAAACUUCUACAAUUACUAUGACCAAGGUGUUGAACAACAAACGAACGAUGGCUACUCUUACGGUUAAAAACUGCAUACCUCCAGGGUACCAGUUUUGCGUGACCAAGAAUAAGAAGAGGAAAUCCAAAGUAGCUAAGUUCACCAAUAACACGAACGAAAGUCUUUUUUAUUUUGGUUGAAUAUAAUUUAUUAAAUAUU